GUCAACUUUCCUCUUCACAACUUUGUCAGCUAAUCAUCUCUCACAAAACACCUAACUUCUCUCUCUUCUCUCAUUUCAAUGUCUAACAUUUCCACCACUUCCACUUUUCUUCUUCUUACAUGCUCUCAAUUUUCUCUCUCCUCCAUUUCUUACAUUUUUCCAGAACCCUAAAAAUCUCGCCCAAUUCUCUCUCAUUUUGAAUUCUACAUUUUACUUGCUACAUUUCAACUGAUUUCAGCGAUUUUUACUUUAAUUAGGGUUUGUGAGGUUAUUUGCUAUAUUUUGGAGGAUUGUUCAGCUUGAGAAUCGAUUUCUGCUUUUUUAUCAGUAUCAUCUUGAAAUUGCCCUAAUUUUAGUGAAUUAGGGUUUGAAUUUUGAGGUAUUUCUGCUUCAAUGUCGUGGAGAUUAGAUUUUUGAUUGUUUUGGUGUGAAAUCAACGAAGAUGGCGGCGGUUGCGGCGACGGCGGAGGAGAAGAAAGAGAAAAUGUCGGUGACAGGAUUGAAGGAACGUCAUGUUGCUGCAAUAGAGCAAGUUAAUUCUCUUAGAGAACAGUUGAAGCAACGACGUCGUCUUCUUCUUGAUACUGAUGUUGCUAGUUUUGCGGCGGCGCAAGGGAAGACGGCGGUGAGCUUUGGACAGACGGAUCUUGUGUGCUGUAGAACAUUGCAGGGUCAUACCGGAAAGGUUUACUCACUAGAUUGGACCCCUGAUAAAAACCGAAUUGUUAGUGCAUCUCAAGAUGGACGAUUAAUUGUCUGGAAUGCCCUCACUAGCCAGAAGACUCAUGCCAUCAAGCUGCCUUGUGCUUGGGUGAUGACAUGUGCUUUCUCUCCUACUGGUCAAUCAGUUGCUUGUGGGGGCCUUGAUAGUGUCUGCUCAAUCUUCAACCUUAAUUCUACCACCGAUAAAGAUGGGAAUUUGCCUGUUUCAAAAACUCUUAGUGGGCACAAGGGUUAUGUGUCAUGCUGUCAAUACAUUCCAGAUGAAGAUACCCACUUGAUUACCAGUUCCGGUGAUCAGACCUGCAUUCUAUGGGAUACAACUACGGGAUUAAGAACAUCAGUCUUUGGAGGUGAAUUUCAAUCUGGCCAUACUUCUGAUGUCUUGAGCAUUUCGAUCAGUAAAGCAAACAGUAAAAUGUUUGUAUCCGGCUCAUGUGAUUCAACUGCUCGAUUGUGGGAUACUCGUGUUGCAAGUCGCGCUGUGCGAACAUUCUAUGGCCAUGAGGGAGAUGUAAAUACUGUGAAGUUUUUUCCAGAUGGUAACAGAUUUGGCACUGGAUCAGAUGAUGGCACAUGUAGAUUGUUUGACAUUCGUACUGGGCAUCAACUGCAAGUAUACCACCAGCCACGUGAUGAAAAUGAAGUUCCUCAGGUGAAAACCAUUGCUUUCUCCGUUUCAGGAAGACUUCUGUUUGCAGGGUAUUCGAAUGGUGAUUGCUAUGUCUGGGACACUUUACUGGCAGAGGUAGUUCUGAAUUUAGGGUCUCUUCAAAACACACAUGGUGAAAGAAUCAGUUGUCUGGGCUUGUCAGCGGAUGGGAGCGCCCUCUGUACUGGAAGUUGGGACACAAACCUUAAGAUUUGGGCUUUUGGUGGUCAUAGGCGGGUGAUCUAAUCUCUAAUGACAGCUAAAUGAUCUCAUUAAUUAUCAGACUUAUCGUCACUGUUUGAACCAACAUAUUCAAUUCUACUAUCACGUAUAUUGUAAAUUAAUCCUUUGUAUUUCUCUUUUCUUGUAAACUUUCAUGGAGAUGCUAAUGAUUUAGUUAUAGUUAUCAUCUUUUAGUUACAACACUGCGAAUUUUGGUGUGAAAAUUUGCUUAAUGAGCUUUGAAUGGCAAGAAUCCCUGGUUUAUCAUUAAGUUGAAGUAAUAUUUGGUGUGAA